AUGCCUAUUAGUCUCGUGGGGAGCAUUUACAAGAUUAUUUCUAAAGUGCUCUCCAAUAGACUCAAGAAGGUUCUUGACGUGUCUGUUUCGUCCUCCGAGAAUGCAUAUGUGGAAGGUAGGCAGAUCUUGAACGCUACUUUGGUGGAAAAUGAACUUGUAGACUCCAGAAGGAAAAAUAGAGAACCCGACUUACUAUGCAAGUUGGACCUUGAGAAGGCUUUCGACCGUGUCAAUUGGGAGUUCCUGGAUUUCAUUAUGAUGUGGAUGGGGUUUGGGGUAAGAUGGAGGGGAUGGAUCAAGUUCUGCAUUUCCUCAGUCAGAUUCUCUGUCCUGGUUAAUGGUAGCCCGUGUGGUUUUUUUGGCAGCUCCAGGGGUCUCAAGCAAGGUGGAGGCUUCUUAAGAGGAUUCUCAGCUCCGAUCGGGGUGCUCAGUACCCGAAGAGUCUCUCAUUUGCUUUUUACGGAUGACACCCUGGUUUUCUGUGAUGCCGAUAUGGAUCAGUUGACCUACCUGAAGCAGGUCCUGCAGUGGUUUCAGAUAGUACCAGGACUUAAAAUCAACCUCGGCAAGUGUGAGAUUUCCCCCCUGGGUGAGGUUGCUAACAUUGAUGUUUUGUCUCAUGUUCUCAGAUGUAAGGUGGGCUCUCUUCCCACUACUUACCUGGGUCUCCCAUUGGGUGCUUUGCAUAAGGAUACUACGGUUUGGAAUUCAGCGAUCGAAAGGGUUGAAAAAAGAUUAGCAGGCUGGCAGAAAUGGUACUUGUCAAAAGGCGGUAAGGAAGUGCUUAUUAAAAGCACUUUGUCGAGUAUGCCCACCUAUUGCUUGUCCCUGUUACAAGCUUGA